ACACACGCAAUUUGGUAGCCCUCGCACCUGUUAAGACAUUUUUGGUGUUUUUUUUUUAGUUCCCCCGUUAUGUUUUCAGCGUCAUAUCCCCCGUCGCUGGAAGAAUGUCGAGACCGAAUGAUUUAAAAAUAGGAUCUCUCCUCUGACAGCCUGCUCUAAUGACUCCCGUAGCAUUGUAGUGCGAGGAGUAGGAAUGGGAAGAUGGCUGCAGAUCUAGGAGAGCUGCUGGUCCCUUAUAUGCCCACCAUCAGAGUUCCUAGAACAGGAGACAGGGUUUUCAAGAAUGAAUGUGCCUUUUCCUACGAUUCGCCCGAGUCUGAGGGAGGCUUGUAUGUGUGUAUGAACACAUUCCUGGGUUUUGGCAGAGAACAUGUGGAGAGACAUUACCGUAAAACGGGACAGAGUGUUUACAUGCAUCUCAAACGCCAUGUCAAAGAGAAAGCCACAGGUGCCGCAGGGGGAGCCAUCCCCAGAAGAAGAAACGGAAAAGUGUUCCUAGAUUUAGAACUAAACCGUGAUUUUAACGGAGAUGAGUAUGAGUGUGAAGACGAGGCCAAGCUCGUCAUAUUCCCAGACCACUUCGAGAUCCCCUUACCAAAUAUUGAGGAGUUGCCUGCACUGGUGACAAUAGCCUGCGAUGCCGUGCUCAACGCUGCGUCAGCUUACAAAAAACAGGAGCCCGAGUCCUGGGACGAGGAGAUCCAGGUUUCCAAACAUGCCAGGAGUCUCCGACAGCAGGACAACGGCGUGAGGAUCCCACCCAGUGGAUGGAAAUGUCAGAAGUGUGAGAUGAAAGAGAACCUGUGGCUGAACCUGUCGGACGGAGCGGUGCUUUGUGGGAAGUGGUUCUUUGAUGGUGCCGGAGGAAACGGCCACGCCUUGGACCACUUCAAAGACACUAACUUCCCCCUGGCCGUCAAGCUGGACAACCUCACCCCAGACAUAGCAGAUAUUUAUUCGUUCGAUGAAGAAGAAGCUGUCCUGGACCCGCAAAUAUCCGAACACUUGCAACACUUUGGAAUAGACAUUAUACAGAUUCAGCGGAAUGGAACAGAUAACGGCCACCACAACACAGACAACACAAACAACGUGCGGCCGCGAGUCAGCGAGUGGGAGGUGAUCCAGGAGUCGGGCAUGAAGCUGAAGGCAGUGUACGGCUCGGGUUUCACGGGCAUCAAGAACCUGGGCAACAGCUGCUACCUGGGCACCAUCAUGCAGGUCCUCUUCAGCAUCCCUGAGUUCCAGAGGGCGUAUGUUGGAAAUCUACAGAGGAUAUAUGACUACUCACCUCUUGACCCCAGCACGGACUUCAGCACACAAAUGGCUAAACUGGGCCACGGACUCCUCUCAGGCCUGUACUCCAAACCACCAAUGAAAUCCGAGCUCAUUGAACAGGUGAUGAAAGAAGAAUACAAGGUAUUAGACUGGCACCAGCCAAAGGGUAUCUCUCUCAAGAUGUUCAAAGCCCUGGUUAGCAAUGGUCACCCAGAGUUCUCCUCCAACAGACAGCAAGAUGCACAGAAGUUUUUCCUGCAUCUCAUCAACCUGGUGGAGAGAAACAGUGUGGGCUCGGAGAACCCCAACGACGCCUUCCGCUACCUGGUGGAGGAGCGCGUGCAGUGUUGCCAGACGCAGAAGGUGCGCUACACCCAGAAGGUGGACUACCUCAUGCAGCUCCCGGCCCCCAUCGAGGCCGCCUCCAACAGAGAGGAGCUGAUAGCGUAUGAGGCCAAGCGAAACGAAGCAGAGGAGAACAUGAGGGCCCCUCCAGAGCCCGUGAGGGCCCGGAUCCCCUUCACAGCGUGCCUGCAGGCCUUCACGGAGCCAGAAAACGUCCCCGACUUCUGGAGCUCGGAGCUGCAGGCCAAAUCAGCUGGAGUCAAGACUUCCCGUUUCGCCUCCUUCCCAGAGUAUCUGGUGGUGCAAAUAAAGAAAUUCACAUUUGUGGUGGACUGGGUUCCAAAGAAAGUAGAUUUGUCCAUAGACAUCCCAGACUUCCUGGACCUGUCUCGGCUCCGGGGAACAGGACUGCAGGCGGGAGAACAAGAGCUCCCAGACCUCACACCCCCCAUCGUCCUCCCUGAAGACACUAGAAACAACUCGAUGAACUCCUCAGAUUCCCCAGAAAUAGACGAGUCGGCGGCAGUGCAGCUGGCGGAGAUGGGCUUCCCUCUGGAGGCCUGUCGGAAGGCCAUCUACUACACUGGGAACAUGGGCCCCGAGAUGGCCUUCAACUGGAUCAUAGCCCACAUGGAGGAGCCUGACUUUGCUGAGCCCCUGGCACUGCCAACCUUCAUGGAUCCCGGCCCUUCCGUGGCCAGCUCGGGCCUGGCUGCCACCCCACUGGACAACCAGCCUCCAGAGGAGAGCAUCGGCAUCCUCACCUCCAUGGGCUUCCCCCGCCGCCACACCGUCCAGGCCCUAAAAGCCACGAACAACAACCUGGAGCGGGCGCUGGACUGGAUCUUCACCCACACGGAGAGGGAGGAGGAGGAGGAGACUAGCGACGCCCUGUCUGACAUGGCCGACACCACGGAGCCCAACGACAGCGCCUUCUCCAAUGCCAACACGCACAGCGACUCCACACUGUCCCCAGACCAGGACGCCUCAGGCCCCCGGAUCAAAGACGGACCCGGGCGUUACGAGCUUUUUGCUUUCAUCAGCCACAUCGGAGCGUCCACGAUGUCUGGUCAUUAUGUAUGCCACAUCAAAAAGGAAGGAAGAUGGGUGAUCUUCAAUGACCACAAAGUGUGUUUGUCAGAAAGGCCUCCAAAAGACUUGGGCUACAUCUACUUUUACCGUCGACUGUCUAGCAGCUAGACCAAGCCCCCCCCC